AUGGAUGAUGGUUAUCGAAACAACCCAAACCUCUACCACGGUGCAAGAGAUAUAGCUCGAGAGGCGACCCGGCAGUCCCGGACCCAAGGGAUGGAUGACUACAAGUAUCAGGACAACUAUGAGGGGUAUGCCACCAGUGACGGCUAUUACCGUGGCAACGAGUCCAACCCAGAGGAAGAUGCACAGAGUGAUGUUACAGAAGGCCAUGAUGAGGAUGAUGAGAUCUAUGAGGGCGAGUACCAGGGCAUCCCUCACCCAGAUGAUGUCAAGGCCAAGCAAGCCAAGAUGGCGCCCUCCAGGGCAGAUGGCCUUCGGGGCCAGGCUGACCUGAUGGCGGAGAGGAUGGAGGAUGAGGAGCAGUUGGCCCACCAGUAUGAGAACAUCAUUGAUGAGUGCGGCCAUGGACGUUUCCAGUGGAUCCUUUUUUUUGUCUUGGGUUUGGCUCUGAUGGCUGAUGGAGUGGAGGUGUUCGUGGUGAGUUUUGUCCUGCCCAGUGCAGAGAAGGACAUGUGUCUGUCCAGUUCCAAAAAAGGAAUGCUUGGGCUGAUAGUCUACCUAGGAAUGAUGGCCGGGGCCUUUGUCCUGGGGGGCCUGGCUGAUAAGCUGGGGAGGAAGAGAGUCCUCACCAUGUCUCUGGCCCUGAACGCCUCCUUCGCCUCUCUUUCCUCCUUCGUGCAGGGAUACGGAGCCUUCCUCUUCUGCCGACUCCUCUCAGGCAUAGGGAUUGGGGGUGCCCUGCCCAUUGUUUUUGCCUAUUUUUCUGAAUUCUUAUCUCGGGAGAAGCGAGGAGAACACCUUAGUUGGCUGGGCAUCUUCUGGAUGACGGGGGGUAUCUACGCAUCUGCCAUGGCCUGGACCAUCAUUCCACACUAUGGCUGGGGCUUCAGCAUGGGCACCAAUUACCACUACCACAGCUGGAGAGUGUUUGUCAUCAUCUGUGCAAUGCCCUGCACUGUGUCCCUGGUGGCUCUGAAGUUCAUGCCAGAGAGCCCGAGGUUCCUGCUGGAGAUGGGCAAACAUGAUGAAGCCUGGAUGAUUCUCAAGCGUGUCCACGACACCAACAUGAGGGCAAAAGGGACCCCCGAGAAGGUGUUCACGGUUUCCCACAUCAAAACUCCCAAGCAAAUGGAUGAAUUCAUUGAGAUCCAAAGUUCAACAGGAACUUGGUACCAGCGCUGGCUGGUCAGGUUCAGCACCACUUUCAAGCAGGUCUGGGAUAAUGCCCUCUACUGUGUGAUGGGGCCCUACAGGAUGAACACGCUAAUUCUGGCUGUGGUCUGGUUCACCAUGGCUUUAAGCUACUACGGACUGACAGUUUGGUUCCCUGAUAUGAUCCGGUAUUUUCAAGACGAAGCCUACAAGUCCAAAAUGAAGGUGUUUCUCGGUGAGCACGUGUAUGGUGCCUCCAUCAACUUCACGAUGGAGAAUCAGAUUCACCAACGUGGGAAACUUGUGAAUGACAAGUUCACAAAGAUGUACUUUAAACAUGUACUCUUCGAGGACACAUUCUUUGACGAGUGCUAUUUUGAAGAUGUUACAUCUACUGAUACCUAUUUCAAAAAUUGCACCAUUGAAUCGACCGUCUUCUACAACACAGACCUCUACAAGCAUAAGUUUAUCAACUGCCGGUUUAUCAACACGACCUUUCUGGCGCCGAAGGAGGGCUGCCACAUGGACUUUGAGCAGGAUAAUGACUUCCUGAUUUACCUCGUCAGCUUCCUUGGCAGUCUGUCUGUCCUGCCUGGCAACAUCAUUUCUGCCCUGCUCAUGGAUAGAGUUGGAAGGCUCAAGAUGAUCGGUGGCUCUAUGCUGAUCUCGGCAGUCUGCUGCUUCUUCCUGUUUUUUGGCAACAGUGAGUCUGCGAUGAUUGGCUGGCAGUGCCUGUUCUGUGGGACCAGCAUUGCUGCCUGGAAUGCUCUGGAUGUGAUCACGGUGGAGCUGUAUCCCACCAACCAGAGGGCGACAGCCUUUGGCAUCCUUAAUGGAUUAUGCAAAUUUGGUGCCAUCCUGGGAAACACCAUUUUUUCUUCUUUUGUUGGGAUAACCAAAGUGGUCCCCAUUCUUCUGGCUGCUGCUUCUCUUGUUGGGGGUGGCCUGAUUGCUCUUCGGCUGCCAGAGACCCGAGAACAGGUCCUGAUGUGAACAACCUCUGGGGAAAGAAGAUGUUGGAAGACCCUUAUCCAGGAACCUUGAAUGCACCCAUGCUUCCUGUCUAUCACUGUCCAGAGGACACUGUCCAGAGGACACUGUCCAGAGGACACAGGAGAAGUUGAUUUUGUGACUCCUAGUUUAGGACCCAUCAAUAUGUUUGUAACUCAGGUGACUGAUUUGGGGGUGUCCUGAAUCACCUUCAGAAUCCCAGAGCUGUGUUCUUGGCUUUGGGUCUCCCCAGCCCAAAGCAGGGGAAGAAGGAUCACAACUUCUAGUGGGUGCACACGCUGAGCAAGGAGUGUGUAUUCCCCCUACCGAGGUGAAAGGACUUAUUUGCAUUUCAAAAUGAAUUUGAGGGUGAGAAACAUUUAAGUUCCUCCUCCAUAAGAUUCCUCAGAGCCUGGUGACCUAACAAACUGACUUGCCAGGAAGUUAGAGUCAUAAAUAUUGGGCUUGAACUACAGGAUACUUAUAUUUUUGCAUUUAAAGGUAUCACUGAGCCCAUGUUCCAUUUCAAAAUUGGCACAAUAGCAUUGAAGAUACUCUAAUAUAGAAAGCCAAAUAUUUGAGCAAUAUCUAUAGAAAUCUGCUCUGCCCUCAACCAAGUGUCCUAAGUUUUCCAUGACGAUUAGGUGGUAAAUUUAAGGAUGCUAUUUAUUCCUGUUUUGAUCUAUUCAAAGAAACAUAAUGUGAUAGGUAUUCUGUAAACUAACUUUGUACAUAACUAUAUCUGGGUUUAAUUUGCAGAAAUGGUACCUGCAAAUAUUUGCCAGUGUUUUAGCCAUAUUUUGGGAGGAGCUGCUGUUUGGGGUCCCAGGAAAUUGGGUCUGAUUGAAUGAAAUGCAAGCACAAUAUCUUAUAGCCAUUUAACUUGCUGUCAGGAGGAUGCACUUUGCAAACUCACCUUGUACAGUUCAUUUAACCCAGGCACUUUUCUUCGUGUAGGUGGAGUAGUUACUUUUUCUCUUACACAGAUCACUUGUGAAUCAAGCUUACCACCGUGGGUACCAGCAUUAGAUGUUGCUACUCCCCCAGAAACAACAGAAGGAUUCCGGGUCUCUGGGGUUCUCUUUAUAGGCAAGAAUAAAACACAGUGGACAAGAUGAGUGAUUGAGGAAGGGAUGAGGAAGUGUAGUCACAGUUCUCCAAAGUGUAUAUUCUUUCUAUUUCUUUUAGCUGUAAAACAUGAUCUGUAUUUGUUAUCCUGGUCAGUUCCCAUGAUAAGUCUAUGCUAUGUCUUGGUUCAGGACUUUUGAAAACAGAUGUCAUUGGCAUGGGAAUUAGGGCAUGCAGUGGAUGUCGAGUAUGUUUCUCUUCAGUGCUCCAAGUAAAUUCUUUGCUGAGAUGUUUGGAACAUGAGUGGGG